AAGACAGCACUUUCUUUCCAAUUUUGAAGCCACCGAAACAAGAGAGAGAGAGAGAGAGACAGACAGACAGAGACGAGAGCACCGUGUUUCGCCUCCUGCCGCCCCCUAAAAUAGCCGAAAAUAGAGCUGGUGCCCGGAGUCUAAUUGAGGUGGCGAGACCAGAUUCACCCAUCUCGAAUUUUUGGGCACUUUCAUCACAUUGGUGUGUUCUAGUUGCUCUAGCAUGUAUUGCGGUAAAUUUUAAUUGCAAGUCAAGAGCACUACGGUUACAGUGGUUAUCAAGCAGAAUUUGGAUUUUGGGCAUUACAGCUUUGGUUUCUAUAUGAUGGAUGCAAAACCAAAGAAAGAGUGCUGCAAUCCGGUGAGGAAACCAGGGCCUGUUUCAAUGGAUCAUGUCCUAUUGGCGCUGCGAGAGACCAAAGAAGAGAGGGACCUGAGAAUCCGCAGUCUGUUCAAUUUCUUUGACACCACAAAUGUGGGGUAUUUGGACUAUACACAGAUUGAGGCUGGCCUCUCUGCACUCCAAAUACCAUCCCAGUACAAGUAUGCCAAGGAUUUGUUAAGUGUGUGUGAUUCCAAUCAAGAUGGUCGUGUCGAUUACCUGGAGUUUAAGCGGUACAUGGAUGACAAGGAACUUGAGCUUUAUUGCAUUUUUCAAGCCAUAGAUGUUGAACACAAUGGUUGCAUUACACCUGAAGAGCUCUUGGAUGCACUUAUUAGGGCGGGGAUUGAAAUUGAUGAUGAGGAACUUGCCCGUUUUGUUGAGCGUGUUGAUAAAGAUAACAACGGGGUUAUUACAUUUGAAGAGUGGAGGGAUUUUCUUCUGCUCUACCCUCACGAGGCAACUAUUGAGAACAUUUAUCAUUAUUUAGAGAGGGUAUGCCUUGUUGAUAUUGGGGAACAGACUGUAAUCCCAGAGGGCAUCAGUCAACAUAUCCAUGCAAGUAGAUAUCUUAUUGCAGGUGGGGUAGCAGGAGCAACAUCCCGUACAGCUACUGCACCUCUUGAUCGUCUAAAGGUUGUUUUGCAAGUACAAACAACACGAGCUCGUAUCAUGCCAGCAAUAAGGACUAUCUGGAGAGAAGGUGGCUUCUUGGGUUUUUUCCGAGGGAAUGGGUUGAAUGUUCUGAAGGUGGCCCCUGAAAGUGCCAUCAGGUUCUAUGCUUACGAAAUGCUGAAACAAUUCAUUGUUAAUGCUAGAGCAGGAGGGGAAGGAAGUAAGGCUGAUGUUGGCACUGCUGGGCGCCUGUUUGCUGGUGGUUUGGCUGGUGCCGUUGCACAGACUACUAUUUAUCCAAUGGAUCUUGUAAAAACUAGAUUACAAACAUACACUUGUGAAGGUGGAAGAGUUCCUAGUCUUGGAACUCUGUCAAGAGAUAUAUGGGUACAUGAGGGACCCCGGGCAUUCUAUAGGGGCGUUGUUCCAUCUCUGCUUGGGAUUAUCCCUUACGCUGGGAUUGAUCUUGCUGCAUAUGAAACCUUGAAAGAUAUGUCCAAGAAGUAUAUUCUUCAUGACGGUGAACCUGGUCCUUUUGUGCAAUUGGGAUGUGGGACAAUAUCAGGAGCUCUUGGUGCAACAUGUGUUUAUCCAUUGCAGGUUGUCAGAACAAGAAUGCAAGCUCAGCGUGCUAAUGCUGAUGCUGCUUAUCAGGGGAUGGCUGAUGUAUUUAGGAGAACCUUUCAACAUGAAGGGUUGAGAGGGUUCUACAAAGGACUAUUCCCUAAUUUGCUAAAAGUCGUCCCGUCUGCAAGUAUUACAUACAUGGUUUACGAGUCCAUGAAAAAGAGUCUGGAUCUGGACUGAAGAAUUAUGCAGCUUCAUCCGAUGAUUAUUCUGAUUGACAUGGCUGACCUUAGAGAGUUGACAAAUGUUGAGAGGGUUGGAUGAUGAAGAUAAUGACGAGAAGAUAAUAUCCGUAAUUUAGUAGGUAUAGUCAAUUGUUGCUGUCACAACACAAAUAAUGUUGCUAUGGCCAGAUACCUUGAAGGGUGAUAUUUGUUUUCAUUGGCUUGAAACUUUUAUCAAGCUUCGCGAGCAUUAGCAUAUAAUUGUUGUAUUAUACAGAAACAUACACAAUUGACCGAGAAACCAAUUUUGUAAUUCAUUUUAGUGGCUCAAGAAAGUCAAAAUUACUAUAGCAGAAUUCCAUUU